UGCGAAAAAUGUGCGAAGAGAUUUGGAAAUAAACGGGAUUUGAUCUUGCACAUAAAGACAGUACACGAAAGUCACAAAGAUCACGUAGGCGACAAGUCCGAAAAGAAAUUUGGAAGAAAAUCACACUCACUUUUACAACUAAAGACAAUCCACGAAGGUCGGAAAGAUUACACCUUCAAAGUCUUCAAAGAUUAUUUAUGUGACUUUUGCGGGAAGAAAUUUCGAAGUAAACAGUAUUUACUCUUGCACAUAAAAACAGUCCACGAGGGUCGCAAAGAUUUUGCAUGUGACAAGUGCGAGAAGAAAUUUACACAAAAAUCGAGUUUGCUCCUUCACCUACAAGUAAUACACGAAGGGCGUAAAAAUUAUGCAUGCGAUAAGUGUGAGCAAAAAUUUGGGUACAAACAUCAUUUGUUUUUGCACCAAAGGAUGGUGCACGAAGGUUGCAAAUACUACACGUGCGACAUGUGCGAGAAGAAAUUUGGAAGAAAAUUUGAUUUUUUCCGACAUCUAGAAGUAGUUCACGAAGGUCGUAGAAGACACCGAAAAACUGUACAUAAAGAUUGUAAAACUGACAAGCGUAAUGAGUGA